AUGGAGACUACCACCAUCACCACCACGCAAAUGGCGCAGAACGCAUACACAUUUGGACUGAUGGAGAGGCGCACCACCAUUACCUUGCACGCCCCAGCCCAGGAGUGCGCUCUCCCCAAUGACACCAUUGCAGCCGGCUACCAAAGCAAGACCACGGUGCUGAAAAGACAGCGCUCCAGCUCCCCGGAGCUCUUGCGCUGCAAGCGGCGGCUCAGCUUUAACGGACUCGGCUACUCCAUCCCCCAGCAGCUGCCCGUAGCCGUGGCCCGGCGGAACGAGCGCGAGAGGAACCGGGUUAAACAAGUCAACAUGGGCUUCCAGACGCUGCGUCAGCACGUGCCCAACGGGGCAGCCAACAAGAAGAUGAGCAAAGUGGAGACGCUGCGGUCCGCCGUGGAAUAUAUCCGAGCCCUGCAGCAGCUACUAGACGAGCAUGAUGCAGUGUCUGCCGCCUUCCAGUGCGGGGUGCCUUCCCCUACCAUCUCCAACAGCUACUCGGCCGAGCCGGAGUCACCCCACUCCACCUGUUCCUCCGAUGAGGGGAGUUAUGAGCCCCUGAGCUCCGAGGAGCAGGAGCUGCUGGACUUUACCACCUGGUUCGACAGAUACUGAGACACACGCAGGUCGCCUAAUUGUCGUUACCAUCCAACAGCACCCGUGUAACAGGGGCUUAUUCAAUCAAAAGGGACUCAAAGUUGAAAAGAAUGACAAGUUAUUUGAUUCACUCUGCAGGCGAGACACCCGUGAACACACUCUUGGCACCGACUUUCUCUCUCUCUCCCAUCGCCAGGCAGCGUUUGCAGGUACAAGGCAAUGAGAGGGGAAAGUAACUCAGAGUUACCGUUGCUAUGCUACAAGAGACAAGGGAGUCGAACGGCGCUUGGGUUCCCUUCGGAAUAACAGGGUAGAGAGACUGUUCGCGCACGCAUGGACAAAGCGUCGAAGGACGAAAGACUGCACUUCGGUGACGCGUGGAAUUACGUCUUUAUCGAUGACUUUGAAUACGAGCAAUUAGUGAAUAAAACAGCAGCUGUGGAGACUGCACAGUAUUUCAGCGGAAGUGCAUGGUUGUGGCUCCCAAGGACUUUGCUGUCAAUGGCAGUUUCACAUGAGAGCAAGACGGCCUAUUUUAACUGCCUGCAUCUGCUGGGAAG